AUGACGGUAAGUAUGCUAUUUAUCAAAGCGACAGCGUCCGUGCCUCAAGAGGUUUGGCAGCGGAAUGUCGUCUCGCUUGCGCUCGCGCCGGCUCGUCGCGCGGCCGGGUGGCGGGGCGCGGCGAAGAACCUAACCAUGGCGAGAAUAAGUUUACUGUUGGUGAUAGCAUGCCAGCUAAUCACCAUCCCGUCCAUCAGAACUGAUGAUGAGAACCCCUUCCUGGACCUGGCAUCAUCAUUCCUGCAGAAUAUGGGAGAUGGUGGUAAUAACAUGAAUGGAUUGGCUGCUAUAGGAAGCAUCGUUGGGAACCUCAUGCAGGGAGAUAACGCCAAGAACUUGGGCGCCAUGUUUGGUCAGACUGACAAUGGAAAUGCUGGUGAUAUGCUGUCAGGUCUGGGCAGUCUACUAGGUGGUCAAGAUGGCAAGAUAGACCCAGCACUAGUAGGAUCAAUGAUAUCCAUGUUUGCCCAGCAGAUGGGAACCACAGAGUCCUCAAAACCAGCGAGACAGAAGAGGGAGAAUAAAGAGCCAGGUGAACUGAACUUGGAAAGCAUGAUGACCUUGGCAUCUGGUCUCCUCGGCAACAAGAAUGCUGGAGGAUUUAUGCCUUUAGUAAUGAACGUUUUGAGUUCAUUUUCGGAUAGCGAGGCUCAGAAGCGUGCUGAUGAGCAUAAGGACCAUGCUUCCUUCUUGCCUCCAUUCUUGGAGAAGGCUCAUUUGUACUGGGAUAUCUUCAUAAACUCGGAGUUGGGCAAAACUAUCUGGGAGAAGUCAGGUUUGAAGCGAGGAUUGAAAGCCUUUACAGGACCUGAUGGAAAUAUCAGUUUCCAGCAGAUGUUCAAGAACUUUGAAAACCACUCGUUCAGGAGGCAUUGGAUCAAGGCUGCAGCCAAGUACUUGACUGAUAUGGUGGUACAUGUUGCUAAGCCUGAAGUUUACAGCAGGUACCUAAUAUCAGGUCAGUACAUCACGAACAGCUUCCUCGACUCCCAAGGUUUCCCUAAAAGCACACACUUCAACGUGAAGAAACCAGAACAGUCCCUGACCACCCUGCUGAACCACGUACUUAAGAAGUACUUGGAUAUGGACACCGAUGUCGGUGAAUAUGUGGUGCCAGCUGUCGAGUAUGUCAAGCAAACCUUAAAAAUGGCAGAAGCAACCACAAAGACCAUGUCUACAAGAGGCGACUACAACGCCAUCGCUGACCGUCUGACUGACACACUGAACUUAGAGGUGAUAGAACCAGUGCUGAGGGUGUACAGAGCAUACCAGCAUUCAGUAAAGGCUCCUCACUGCCAGGAACAUCUCAUGUGCCUUGUUAACAGACACCAUGACCAGGAUAAAAAAGGUAUGCCAGGCUUCAAGGCUGGUCUCACGAAGCUCAGCAGUUUAGCAGCAUCAGCGGCACUCAGCUUCCAGAAUGGCAAAGGAUUCUUCGAUUUAUACAACGCUAUCCAGAAUGAUGUGAAUUGUGAAGCGGCGUACCCAGCAGACUGUUCAGCAUUCCACGAACACGAGCUGAAAGUGACAACAGAAGUCUACCAUAGCGAAUUAUAAGCACUUAUUUAUAAGUAGACCAACUUAAUUUAUGUAUUGACUUAAUUUUAUCCCUUCCCUGUAGGUACCUACUAGGUAAAGAGUGA